UUGGCAGUUGCUCUGGUACCACUCUGCCUUUCUCAGCCUCUCUGCUUCUUUUUGAUCAUCAAUGGCGGCAGCAGUGACAGCAGCAGCACCACCAAAUCUAACAAGCCUGAGCUUCCAUGGUUGGCGCAAAAAACUCACAUUCUCAAUCUCACCAACAACUCUUCGCUUCUUCAGAAACUCAAGCCGUACAAAGCAUCUCACUCAAGUUUUGGCUCUCGUAGAUGAACAACAGCAGCAACAAGUCUCGUUUAUAGAGGAAGAGAACUCUCUCGUUGAAGCCCUCAUUGGAAUUCAAGGCCGAGGCCGCUCUGCUUCUCCUCAGCAACUCACUGAUGUUGAGCGUGCUGUGCAGGCUCUUGAAAGUUUACAAGGCAUUCCGGAUCCGACCAGCUCUAGUUUGAUUGAGGGACGCUGGCAAUUGAUGUUUACUACAAGACCUGGAACUGCCUCUCCCAUUCAAAGGACAUUUGUUGGGAUCGAUUUCUUUAGUGUGUUUCAAGAGGUAUUUCUUCGGACAAAUGACCCACGUGUAUCCAAUAUCGUAAAAUUCUCUGAUGCAAUAGGUGAGCUGAAAGUAGAGGCGGCGGCGUCAAUCAAAGAUGAGAAACGAAUCCUUUUCCGGUUUGACAGAGCAGCCUUUUCUUUCAAAUUUUUACCAUUUAAGGUUCCAUAUCCAGUUCCUUUCAGACUUCUUGGAGAUGAGGCAAAGGGUUGGUUGGAUACCACAUACCUGUCCCAAUCUGGAAACCUCCGAAUAUCAAGAGGAAAUAAGGGAACCACAUUUGUGCUGCAAAAGAAAACUGAGCCUAGGCAAAAAUUGCUAUCAACCAUCUCUACGGGUACAGGAGUCAGAGAGGCAAUUGAUGAGUUCAUCUCCUUCAACCAGAAUAAAGGCAUAGGUGAACCAGAACUCCAAGAGGGAGAGUGGGAAAUGCUAUGGAGUUCACAGGAAGAGACGGAUAGUUGGUUAGAGAAUGCUGCCAAUGGUCUUAUGGGCAAGCAAAUUGUCAAGGAAAAUGGACAAAUAAAGUUUGUGGUUGACAUCUUGCUUGGACUCAAAUUUUCCAUAACUGGCACAUUUGUGAAAUCUGGCACCACAACAUAUGAUAUUACAAUGGACGAUGCAGCCAUCAUCGGUGGCCAAUUUGGAUAUCCCGUAGAGCUAGAAAGCAAGUUCAAACUAGAACUGCUGUAUAGCGAUGACAAGAUCAGAAUUACGUGGGGAUAUAAUAAAAUUGUUUUUGUGCAUCUACGAACAGAUGGUACAGGACAGAAAUAAGAUGGGCUAACCAAACAGAUAGAAGAUCUAAAUUUCAGUUGAUAAGGUAACCCAGUGGGAACCAGAAAAGGGCAGAAUUUCAUCACCAUCAUUCUGAAAAAUUCAUGUCGUACAUACUAAAAAUGAAAUAGAACAAAUGAACAAAUGAACAAACGUACCCAGUUUCAUAGAUUUUGUUUGAGACAUGUCAGGUGAUAAGCAAAGCUAUCAGAAAGGGUGAAACAAGCAUUUUGGUUGGGAAUGGGGUGAGCCUUGGAGCCAUGAAGUAGGGUUUGUCAGAAUUUUCUCAAAAGCCAGCUUCAUCUAGCAGGAGAAAGUGGAGAUAAUUUCCCUCCCUCCACAACAGAACUGGCCUAUUGUAAAUCAUACCAUGAGAUUGGCCUAUUUAACUCAGAAACAAAUUUACAUAUUAAAAUUGUUUUGACAUAUAUACUUUUCUUGGCUGUUUUUUUUAUUUUCUUUUACCUGUUUAACAUCAAAUGUAAUCAAAAUUAAUUGUAUCUCAGAUACUUUCUGCUAA